UUUCAGCAGCAGGCCUGAUCCUGCUUGCUGUCACACGGUUCUUGUUCUGUCACACUGAUAUUGUUCAAUCACGCGGCGUCGCCAGCGUCAACAUUCACCGAGUUUGUCUUCAGAAAGCGGAAUUGAUUAUUACAGACGUGUGUUUUUAGGAAGAAGCACAACAGCAGGAUGGUGAAUGAGGGUGCUGGCGGCCCACGCAGUCGCAGGGGGUCUCAUAAGGUGGUUCCGUCCUCAGACCAGGAUGGCACAGGAGCCGAAAGAGCCACAGGAGAGGUGCCCUGCCCCAGUAAUGGAACAGUGGAAGUGGAGCACAUUAUCAGCACAAAACUACAGCUGAAGAAGAAAGCUGAGCAUUUAAAGGCAGACCUGAUGAGGCAGUUCGACACCCAAGUCAAUGAAUUCAUGGACAGUCUGAUAGAGGAAUCUGCUAGUCUGGUUUCCUCCCAUGUCAGCACAGUCUUUCCUCUCUCAGAUAAGGAGAAAAGCAAACUCAGGCAUACGCGACCUCCCCAAGGCCAAAGCAAGCAGUUCGUGAUCCGUCGAUCCCUGUUAGAUGAUCUCUUCGAGGUGAACCACAUUCGCACCAUCUAUCACAUGUUCAUCGCCCUCCUCAUUCUCUUCAUCUUCAGUACACUCGUCGUGGACUUCAUAGAUGAGGGCAGACUGGUGCUUGAGUUUGAUCUGUUGGUGUACGCGUUUGGCCAGUUCCCCCUAGUGGUUGUUACAUGGAUGUGUAUGUUCCUGUCCACCCUUGUGGUUCCAUAUAUACUGCUCAGUGUCUGGGCCAGUGUUUACCCCACGUCAAGCCAUCGGGCCUUAUGGACAGUGCUGGCUGGUUCUCUCUUGCUUCUGUACCAGGGGCUGUGUUUGGGUUUCCUACCCACAUAUGUGGUGCUGAAAAACGGCCUUCCCCCUGCUUCAUGCUUCAUACUUAUUCUGGAACAGGUGCGACUGAUAAUGAAGGCUCACUCUUUCAUCAGGGAAAAUGUGCCAAGAGUGCAAUCCUUAGAACGGAGCAAAACAAAUUCAUUAGCUGUACCUCGGUUCACCCAGUACAUUUACUUUCUCUUUGCACCUACCCUAAUAUACAGAGACAAUUAUCCACGAAAUCCAUGUAUUCGAUGGGGUUAUGUGGCUACACAAUUUUCACAGGUGCUUGGGUGUUUGUUUUAUGCGUAUUACAUAUUUGUGCGGCUGUGUAUCCCUCAGUUCCGCAGUAUCAGUAUGCAGCUCUUUGAUCUGAGGGCCAUGGUGUUGUGUGUCUUCAACUCUAUACUGCCAGGAGUGUUGGUGCUAUUCUUGGCAUUCUUUGCCUUUUUGCAUUGCUGGCUUAAUGCAUUUGCUGAAAUGCUACGAUUUGGAGACAGAAUGUUUUAUAAGGACUGGUGGAACUCCACUUCAUUUGCUAACUAUUACCGCACAUGGAAUGUUGUAGUACAUGACUGGCUUUAUUACUAUGUCUACAGGGACUUCCUGUGGAUGACACAGAAGCGAUUCCGUGCAGCGGCCAUGUUGGUUGUUUUUACGGUGUCUGCUGUGGUGCACGAGUAUGUUCUGGCCAUCUGCUUUGGCUUCUUCUACCCUGUCUUGUUCUGCAUCUUCAUGUGCUUUGGAAUGGUGUUUAACUUCAUUCUUAAUGACCGGAGAAAAGGGCCGAUCUGGAACGUGAUCAUGUGGACUGCGCUGUUCUUGGGUCAGGGGGUUCAG